AUGACAUCACCGGACGCCCCCGAAUCCCAACCGGCAGCCAUCAACUAUGUCGCCGGCUUCCUCCUAGUCGGCCUGGCGUGGGGCUUCACCACCCCAUUCAUCCGCCGCGCCGCAAAGGACCACAACCCGCCCCCGCACCCGGUUCUCGACACCGACGCCGUCAAGAACAGCUGGGUCCGGAGUCGGGUGUACGGCGCCUUCUUCGGCGUCGUCGACCUGUUGCGGAACCCGCGGUAUGCCGUGCCGCUGCUGAUUAACUUGACCGGGAGCGUUUGGUUCUUCCUACUUAUUGGACAAGCUGAGAAUGCGGAAGAAAAGAGGUCUGUGUCAAUGACGGCAAAUGUGCUAGAAUUGAGUUUGACGGUCCCCAUCGUCAAUACCCUGGCGUUCCUCUUCACUGUCAUUGGAGACUGGUGGGUUGAGAAGAAGGUCAUUAGUCGAGAAACCUUGGUCGGCAUGGUGCUAUCUCUUUCAGGAAUAGCGUUAUGCGUGCAUAGCAAGACGAAGUACUGAAUUGAGCCUCAAUGGUUUGGGGGCGCUUUCGAGAAGAGAUACGGAGCAUGCAUGAGACCUGUGAAUCCUGAUGUCUCGUUCAAGGUGCAUAAUGCACGAUAUCAUAUUUGGCAUUUGAGCCCAUGUAGAAGGUGUGUAAAUAAAUAUAUAUACAGUAAAAGCGAACAACGUGCCUGCUCCAGGCAGCUUCAGUCAUCUAAACUUCUACCGUUCAAGAUCUACUACUCAUCUCUCCGCCCCUCGGAAACUUCCUCUCUAUAGUCAUUUGGUCUACCUGGACCUUCUUCCCGUUUAAGCGCGUCCAGCUCGCUCGUGAAACCUAGUAAUAAUGCAGGCCACCAGAGAAAAAGAACAAGAAAAAGAAAAAGACAUUAUCGAAACGCUCGCUUCGUAAGU